AAUCUUCAGUCCUUUGUAUCUUGGAUAUUAUUUAUUAAUUAACCUCUACAUAUACAUCAAUGAAAUGAAUUAGUUUAAAAGUCUAAUGAAAAUCGAUUUAUUAGAACAUUCAAAAUUAAAUACAAUUUAAACUACAAGGUUUAGCUAAAGAAACAUUUCAGAAACAGUGACAAUAUAUGUCAUAUUUUUGACGUUACGAUCUUGCUAUUUUUAUUCAAACAGAAAAAAAAAAUAUCAGGUAAGAUAACUGAUUACACAAUUUACAUAUAUGUAAUUAAUGUUAAUACAGCAAUGAAGCCGACGCAGCCUUUAAGAAUGAAGAAUAGGGCUACCCAGAUUCCCGAAUCACUUUCACACAUAAGAACGGCGAGAACGACGAAGUCUUCAAGAAUGAAGAAUAGAAAUAUACAGGUUCCCCAUUCACCUUCACACAUAUUCUUCAAAACAGGUGUAAUGCCGUUUUUGAUUAUCAAUAUCUUCAACAUCACAGGAACAUAUUUAUUAGUAUUCUACGCUGUUGAUAUUCUUUCCUACAUCAAAACACCCAGCGUAAACCAUUUGCCUGAAGCCAUUCUCAUUGUUGCUUCCAAGUUCGUCAUGUCCAUAAUUUCGACAAUAUUUUUAGUGAUAACGGGAAGAAAAAGACUGUCGAUUGUUUCUGGUAUUGGCACAACAAUUUCUACAUUCUGUCUGUGCAUUUUUCUCCUUAACGAUUCUAUGUCGAACGUUUAUUUAAUGGUAAUUUUCACUAUGAUUUAUAUCACCACAGACUCAGUGAUUUACAUGAUCCUUCCCGGCAUAAUGUUAAACGAAAUAUUUCCUUCAAAGAUUUGCGGCUUGAUUCUUGGACUAAUGUUCAUGUGCCUCAACACCUCAUUGUUCUUUACUGCCAAGGUAUUUCCGCUUUUCAAUCCGACCUCCCAAAUUUCCGAAGUAUUCUGUCUGUUUAUUGCAGCAUCUCUAUUGGCGUCGUUGCUUUUAUACUUCUUACUUCCAAACGACAACAGCUCUAUUUUGUGUGUGAUUAUGAAAGUUCAGAAACACAACAAACCAGCUAUGCAAAGGAACAAAUUAAUGUUAAAUAUUUAUACAGUUGUUUAAAUAUACUUUUUGUUGUGUGGUUUAAAUGUUUUAUUAUAUACAUUAUAAUAUAU